CAGCGCCUGCCAGUAGGUCCCUCCCUCCCUCCGUCUCUGCGCAUAAGUAUACGCAGCCUGCUAUCCCAGGCAUGGAUGUCGGUUGCAGCGAGUCAUGGCGGUGCGACAUUAUACUCUCGAUUUCAGCCUCUCUACACCAGUUGACACGGCCUCGGUAGUUCCAGGUCUACUGUGCAUAUUUCAUGAGCAGGAGCUGACAGAGACGAUCCAUGAUACAAAUGGACAUGGGUAUCUGGCUACAUUUGUUGGCAAAAACGGGCGGCUUGUCAUUCUGCGUGUGCACUCCCAUGGGUUGGUCACCAUUGAUCUGCAGUGUCACGAAGACGAUAACAUUGCACAAUUAGACAAUCUUUUAAAUGCACUGGAAAAGAAGCUAAAAGCUCUGCUAAAUGGCAGUAUUACAAGGAUUAAAAGGCUUCCAGCGUUGGUGCGAGGAGCAAAAGUUGACCGAUACUGGCCCACUGCUGAUGGCAGACUGGUGGAAUAUGACAUCGAUGAAGUGGUUUAUGAAGAAGAUUCUGCUUACCAAAACAUUAAGAUAUUACACUCACGGCAGUAUGGAAAUAUCCUAGUGCUCGAUGGAGAUGUCAACCUUGCAGAAAGUGAUUUAGCCUACACAAAAGCCAUCACAGGGAAUGGAAGAGAGAGCUAUGCUGGAAAAGAGGUGCUGAUAUUAGGAGGGGGUGAUGGAGGCAUCCUCGCUGAGUUGGUCAAACAAAAGCCAAAGAUGAUCACCAUGGUGGAGAUCGACCAGAAGGUGAUCGAUGGGUGCAAGAUGCACAUGAGAAGGACUUGUGGCAAUACCUUGGACAACCUGAGGGGUGAUUGUUACCAAGGUAACAGUGUGAAUCUGAAAGAGGCACUGAGUCUAUAUGAAGAGCAGCUGGGGAAGCUUUCAUGUCCGAUAGACUUCCGAAAAGAGGUGGUGUGUGUGCCCUCCUAUUUGGAGCAAUGGGUUUUUUACACCGCAUGGAAGAAGUGACAACCUCCUUUUUAUUCCUGCUAUAAUUCCCAGCAGCUGGAAUGUGAAUGUGUGAAUGCUUCUUUGUUUUUUCCCAUAGCCUUGAAGGUGUGGUCAGACUGAACGUCAUGUUAAAAGAAAAGGACACAAAAGGUUAAAAUGUUAAUUGUUACUGAGCCUUGCUACUUUUACAAUCAACUUGCAUAUAAAAAGUAUAUAAUUUUUUAAACUGGCACAUGCUGUGAGACUGUAACCUGAGUGAUGAGCUGUGAACAGAUCUGACUUCCAUGUUCUUCCUAAGGUUCAAAAUGCUGACUAUUCAGAUUUAUAGAAUGUAAUAUAUUCUUUCAAAUGAAAGGUGUAAUGCAGUGUAAACUUUAAUUUACUGUUUUCUAAACCUGAAGGAAUGUUUGAUUUUAAAGCCUCAACUUAGUGCAUCCUCGGUUCCUCACGUUGGACCAUCGUGGUGAUGUAACUCCCAAGAGGAAUCUAUAGAUCCCAGUGUUCAGUGCAGCAAAUAUCUGCAUCUACUUCUGUUUGUUUUGGUUAAACACUCCAACCUAUUUUGAGCCGCUUAAUGUGGGGUUAAAAAAGAAAAGGAAAAGGUUCAUUUAAGUUCAGUCUGAUCUCACCUCAAGGUACACAUGAAUAUUUUUAUCUUCAUUUAAUCCUCUAGAUUUUAAUUGUUUAUCAAUGUUCGCUGAAACAUUUUGGGUUGGACUUUUUCUAUGUUCUUAGAUUUACUUUUUUUUGCAUGGAUUCUGAAGAAACCUUUCCAUUUAAACACUGUCCUGAUACACUGACGUGGUAAUUUAACCCACCAUACACGUGUGAUCUAUUAUCUUAGACCUUGAGUUGUGAACCUGUUGUGAGUUGCUAUUAAGCUUUAUUUUGCUUGUUUUUGCCACUGAAAUGUGAUGCAAUUCUGCCUGUAUCAAGGCAGUGCGUUUCAUCCCCUUUAAGUCUUAAUUGUUGUAUUCUGGGUGUGUUUUAUUUUUUUUUUAAAGGGAACGAUUCCUCAUUGCUGCCAUCUUUGUGCUUGUGCUGUUUUUUUAUGUUAUGUUUUAUUAGCACCUUUGAGGUCUCCUGAUACAAUAAUUAUACUAGGUGCAUGCUGAGGACGAUGAAUGUAGCAUAUAUAUAUUAUAUAAGUACAGCACAUUAGAUGGACCCUGUGGGUGUUUUUAUUUAUUCAUUAUAGACUCACCAAAUGCUGUUAUGUUCAUUUGUUUGACCAUCUACGAUUAAAGAGUUUUUGGGGAAAA